CAGUAUCUUUGUUAUUAGUUCCUCUUUCACGGCACAAUUCAACUCCACCAUGGUUACUUCUAACAUCUCCUCCUCUCCUGGGGAUUCACCUCAUCCUUCCUUGGACUCCAGCGGUCUGGUUCCUGCAGUAGUGAUGUCCAUCUGCUUCCUGCUGGGAUUUCCUGGAAACAUCGCUGUCAUCAUUCUCAAACCAAACUGGGAGAACAUGUCCAGUCUGAGCCAGAGUUUGAUGCUGAGUCUGGCUGUGUCAGAUCUGCUCUCCUUGGUUACCCUUCCACUGUGGAUUUACUAUUUCCUCUAUAGCUGGACCUUUAAGCUGGUGGGCUGCAAACUCAUAACAUACUUUGUGUAUUGCAGUCUUUAUGCCAGUCUGCUGACUGUGACUGUGCUGAGUGUCCAGCGAUACCUUCAGGUCGUUCACCUGCAGAGGAGUUUAAAUCGGGUAAGAGCGAGGAUGCUGCUGGUUCCGCUCUGGCUGGCUGCAAUGAUCCUGUCCACUCCUGCUUUAGUCUUUGGACAGUUAUCUGAAGAUCACCAAUGGACAACAUGCAGUAAUCAAUACUCCUACAAGGGCCAGAGGAUGGCUGUGGUGUUGACAGAGACUCUUGUAGGAUUUGUGUCGCUUUCUGUCAUUGUUUUUUCAUACAUCAAUCUGUACAGAAAAGUGAAUCAGGCAGCCUUUUUCAACAAUCCACAGACCACCAGACUAAUUACCAGCAUCACUGUGACCUUGGUUGUCCUGUGGAUGCCAUAUCUUGUCAUUAAUCUAAUUAGUGUGGCAGCGAUUUCCCUAAAGAAAGAAGACCUGCUGAAGUUUUCUCAUGACAUUAGGGACACUGUUGCAGCAACAGUAUUUGUAAACAGUGCCCUCAAUCCACUUCUGUAUGCCUUUACUUUACGUUUGUCCAGCCUGUGCCACAAAACUGCUCAACUUUUCAUACAGAAAUUCAGAAUUUCCCAAACUAUGUCCACAGCUCCCACUACAGAAGAAGCAACCCAAUGACAAAAGCUGAUUGGGAAAUUAAGCCAAAAACCUCCUCUAUUCCACUGAUACACACGGUGUGCUGUCCGCUCUAUUUAUCACAGAAAGCUGUUGGUGAUUGCUGGUGUAACAAUAAACUUUGGUGUUAAGCAACAUCUCCCUUCAAAUCAGCUGUGUGCUGAUUACAGCUGGUCCUCAGACAGAGGAAUUGCAUGUUUGUGGAAAAGAAAUAAGGAAAAGCAUUAAAAAGAAUCGAUGUACAGAUUAAACUGAAUUGAACAUUAACAAUUUUUACUUUAUAUAUUUACUUCAUAUAGUAAAAUCUCCAUUUUCUUUUCUUUUUUGUCAUGAUGGAUUUCUUUCCUUGUUUUGCUGAAUUCUUGUUUAUUUUUAAAGCAUUCUAUAUUCAAGGAUUGCUGUUUUGUUUUUUUUUACUUUUAGUUAUAGCAUUGUCAUUGAUAUCAGAAGAGAGCGCUUUGUACUUACUGGGGUGCUGAGCUGAAUGUGGUUUUGGAACAAGUGAGGAAUACAAGGCUUGUGUAUAAGGUACAGCCAGAGAGAGGUGGCAGAUUACCUUUCAUAGAAAAGCGUCUGAAGGGAUGUCGUGCAGGGGAAUGAUGGUUUGUUUUUAUUUGGUGUCUAGUUUUGCAUGACUUGUGAUUUUAAUAUUUUACACUUGUCUUUAAUUUUUGGUUAAAGGCUAACGUUUUGUAUGAGCUUGUAUGGUGUGAUGGUUAAAACAGUUGAACUGUAGAGAAAUGUAAAAUGUUAAUCUACAUAUCAGGGAGUCCAGGAUAUAUGUAUGCAGACUUCUACAUUUAUAAAAAACUACUAACAUUAUAA